AUGCCUGACUCACUCAUCUACUCCGCGGCUCCCUACCACAUCAUCAGUUAUGGCGUUCUCCUGGGGUCACAGGUUUUUCAGACCUUCGUUGGUGGAAUAGUCGCAUACAGAUCCCUUCCUCGACCGCAAUUCGCCACACUCCAGUCAGCUGUCUUUCCCAUCUACUUUUCAAUGCAGACUGCGCUUCCGAUCCUUCUCGCCCUCACCUUUCCAGCCGAGCGGACCGCUAUCGGAAUGGCCCCUUCAAGUAUCUCAGGAGUCCUGGAACCUGUCAACAGACUUCACGUGCUUGUGCCGCUCUCGACAAUGCUUGUGACUGCUGCGGCCAAUCUCCUCUACCUGGGCCCUGCAACCACGCAAGCCAUGAAGGAGAGGAAACACCAGGAGACAAGAGAUGGCAAGAAGAGUUAUGAUCCACCCCCACACAGCAAGGAAAUGCAGGCCUUGAACGAACGGUUUUCUCGAUUACAUGGAGCAUCGUCGUUGGUCAAUGUCGUAUCACUCGCCGCAGCAAUUUGGUAUGGUUUUUACCUUGCUGGUAGGAUAUCGUGA